UUUUUUUCUAAUCUUCCUUUGCAACAAUUCUUGUCUCAGCAUCCAUGGCCCUCUUUAGUUCGCAAUGGGCCUCGACACUGGUCGAAUUACCUACUCUGACUUUCCAUCAAGCUUUGCUUCCACUCAGUGUUUUCUCUGCACUUCAUGGUAUUCGUGUGGCCAUGGCCUACCGCAAGGCAAUUGAGCAGGCAGCGGAACAGUCUUUGAAUGAUGACUCAACUGCGAAGUCCACUCGCGUACCAUUCGGACAAGCUCUUUUCUCCGUGUUGGUCAUGUGUCUUGGAGGAGGCUUCACUGCCAGCAUGUUGCUCGGCAUGCCUCCAUCCUGGCUAGGCUCCAAUGUUGUGGUACCAACUUAUACGCUCUCGUUUGUCCUGGUUCAGUACACUGCUUUAUACGAAAUCCUCAAUGAGAUGAUCCCUCCCGCAGUCCUCGAUUCCAUCCUGAUUAUUGCGGAUGGUUCUCUCCGAGCUUUGUCGAUUGCCAAAACAGGUGUCGAUGGCUCCAGGAUGCGAUUUGCUGCAGAUAGCCAUCAGAGUGGGGCAGGAAGCAUCACUGAACCUUGGUUUGCAAUGCUGCUUUUAGGUACAAUCGCUGGCUCAGGUGGUGGUAUGUGGGCUGAUUUGUUGAGACUCAAGACACACCAUUGGUGUCUAUCAACGCCUUCAUUCGUUCAUGCGGCAACAUAUGAUAUGAAGGCAGCUCUUUUGAGCGCCCUGUUCUAUGCCACAUCCACUUCACCCCAAUUUUAUAACCUGCUGCACGGUGAUAACUAUGGUAGUAUCCUGGGUAAAGGAGGCUUGCUGGAGGAACAGGAUGGAAAGGCCAUGACAAUGUUGGUCAUGUGCACACUAAUGUUAGGUCAACGUGCUGAACCAGCUAUUUUUCAGUGGACUGGCUACAGUAUCUCUCCUGCUAAGUGGGCGCGAUCGAUUCGGAUCAAUACUACUACGGCAGCUAGAAAGAAGCACGAUGAAGACCAUAGUAGUGAAGAGUCCGGUUCUGUGAAUUUAAAAAAGCUUGAUCAGAAAGGUGAACCAACUCAUCGACUCAGAAGAAGACAAGGUGUGCUCGCAGAGGAGCAUCUUGAUGAUGAGGAUGAAGAGCAUGAGGACGAAGAGGAGGACGUGAAUGUGAAGGAGGAGUCAGAAGAAGAAGAGCCGGUCAAGAAGACUGCUCGGGGUAAGAGAAAGAGCAGUACUACCAAAAAGCAGGCUUCAUCCGAAGCCAGUUCUACGACUAAGACUACUCGAAGUACACGUGCUCGCAAGCCUGUCUACAAGGAUCUUUAAAUGUGUCUGUUGUGCAGUGUUAUUUUCCACUAUGAUUGAUAUUGAUUGCUUGUCUAAAAU